GGUAAAGGGAAGGAGAGUUCCGGGGAGAGAGGUUUCCGAACCCCGGGGCUGAGGGGGGCGCAGACCACCACGCUGUUCCGCGCUGUCAACCCUGAACUCUUCAUCAAACCUAACAAGACAGUGAUGGCGUUAGGACUGGUAGCCAUCACUUUGAGCGUGGGUUAUCUGGGCUACAUGCACGCAAUGAAAGAAAACGACCAGCAGCUUUACGAGGCCAUCGACAGUGAAGGAGAGAGAUACAUGAAGAGGAAGACUUCCAGAUGGGACUGAUGGCGUUUCAUUGUGUCAGAGACAGUCGACAUGAAAUAACUUGUCAAGACAGUGACGGGGGGGGGGGAAUCAACUGAUUUCUGAAAAGCUGAAAGCUCUGACCCUGUACAUACAGCAAGCUUUACUGUGUUUAAGUUAAAAUUUAGAYAUUAACAUAUAACAAACAAUAUCAUCAGGUGGACAUUGUCUCAUUCCAUCAAUGGAAAAAGGCAAAUUAUGUCUUUAAAUGUAUGCAAAUGUUUGUACAAUUAAAUGUUUUCAUAUUA